UUCACGCACGGGACGUAGAGAAAGUAAUUUUAUAUUUUUAGUAAUUUGUACACAUCCAAUGGUCGAAAAAACACUUUUGUGUUGUGAGAAAUGCUCGUGUUGCUGUUGUUGUUUAAUUUCAAGUGCCAAAAAAGCAGACUUAGAGCAUUAGAAUGUCGGGAAAUGGUGAUGACUGACACAUCCAUUCGUGCUUAUUUAAAGUGAUUUUAUGAGUGUUUUAGUGUAAGUUCAACAGGAUGCCGAGGGGAGAAAAUAGACCGAGCGUCCUGUUAUCUCGUGAUGAAAAUGACCAGGUGUUUAGUCUCAUUGGGCCGAAGUGCCAGAGCUUAGCAACGGCAGUAGUACAAUUAUUUACAACAGAGGGACCGGCUCAUUCAGAAUGGAAGAAGAAAGACACAGGAGUCCUUUGUCUCAUCAAAGACAACAGCAAGCGGUCCUAUUUCUUCCGCAUCUACUGUCUAUACCGAAAAUCAAUGAUAUGGGAGCACGAAGUUUACUUGCAAAUAGAAUACAAGAGUCCUCGGCCAUACUUACACACAUUUGAAGCUGAGGAAUAUAUGACAGCAUUUAAUUUUGCAAAUGAAGAUGAGGCAAGGGCGCUCCGUAAUAUACUUAUCGAGAAAAUUGAAUUACGAAAACAAAGGAGAGAGGAACGAAGACAACGUUCGAUGUUAGUUCCGCGGGCUAACAGCGCGUCGUCUUACACGUCGAACUUGUCGAGCUCGUCCAACCCGUCGGCCCGCGUGAACGGCGUGAGUGCGGCGCCCCCCGCGCCCACUCCCCCGCCGCCGCCGCUCGCCCUGCCCGCGCACACCGCCAAGACCAACACGCUGUCCAGUUAUACAUUGAAGGGUUCGAGCAAAAAGCCGAAGGGGCGAAAAUUGACGAAGGCAGACAUCGGCACGCCGAAAGAUUUCGUACAUGUAUCUCACGUUGGCUGGGAUGCGAACAAAGGUUUCGAUGUUGACCUGCCCGACGAUGAGAUGCAAUCGUUCCUCGCCAAAGCUGGCAUAACGGAUAAGCAGCUGAAGAAUCAAGCCACGCGACAGUUUAUAUACGAUUUCAUCUGUUCGCACGGUGGCGCCGAUGCCGUGAAGGAGGAGCUACACGACACGCCUAAGAUAAAAGAGAACUCUCGCGGGGUGGCUCCUCCCGCCGCGCCCCCCGCCCCGCCCGUGCCCGCGCGCGCGCCGCACGCCAUCCCGCCCGCGCCGCCGUCCCGCGCGCCGCCCCCGCCGCCGGCGCGCGUGGUGCCGCCCGCGCCCCCGCCGCCCGCCUCGCUUGCGCCGCGCAACCCGCCGCCGCCGCGCCCCUUGCAGCCGCCGGCGAGCGCGCCGCCCUCAGUACCACCGCCGCCGCCACCGCCGACAGCGCCGCCGCCACCGCCCGCCGCGCCACCCGCGCCGCCUCCGACGCCGCCCGCGCCUCCACCACCGCCGCCCCCCGACAGCGCCGGGUCGGACCCGCGUUCUGCUCUCAUGGAGAGCAUUCGCAGCGGGAACAAAUCACUGAGACACGUGGAAGUCGGAUCGAAAACAUCGUUGAACGACGACAGCAGGAGUAAUUUGCUCAGUGAAAUACGACAGGGAAUCAAUUUGAGAUCCGUGCGUCGCUCGAGCAGCUCCGGCGAGGAGCGCAGCGCGAGCAGCGCGGGCGAGGCGUGCGGGCUGGCGGGCGCGUUGCAGCGCGCGCUGCAGGAGCGAGCCCGCGCCAUACACUCGUCCGAGUCGGAGGACAGCGACAACACCACCAGCGACGGCGAGUGGGACGACUAGCCGCACGCCUCGGGGCCGACAGGCGCAUACUUCGCCUCCUGGUUCAGGAGUCAUCGCAUUUUCUAGAACACGAUUUACGAAUUCGACACAAAUUUAGUGAUUCUAUUAUUCUCGGACUCGGGAAUAUCCUAUCAUUUUUGAACAUUGAUUAUGUUCUAAAACAUUAUCAUUUUCAUUCUUAUAUAAAAAAUGAAGCUUAUUAAAUAUAUUCUUAUAUUCAUGCAAUAAGUCGUUCCUCAGGUGUUAGAAAAGGUUACAAAAAUAUGUGCCUAUAAUAGCUGUAAAAUUUGAUUAUAUUUUGAAAUUGUAACCUCAACAUGUUAUUGUAUUCGUCAAAAUAAUGUGCUGUAUAAUUUAGUAUUUUCGCCGCCGGCCGUUACAUUUAUACAAUCUUCUUUAGUACUAUAAUUCUUCACUAUUAAAAUCUUAUAGCACAAUAUCAUAGAGCAUAAAUACCUAUAUUAGACAAAAAAAGUGGGUAAGCGAUGAAUCAGAAUUAAAUAUAUGUUCUGAAUAAUGAAGAAAACAUUAUAUGGUGGCCAAAUGAAUGAUCAUAAGUCUGUUGCUCAAAACAAAACUCUUGUUUUAAUCUUGCACUUAUUUGAAACAAAUGCAACAACUGUAAUCCAACUUAUCAAAACUCAUCUUGUACACCGUACUAUCAUAACUGUUACAAUAUCAUGUUAUAGUAUUCAUAAUCCUUUAUAACGGUUAUAUCCUUAAUAACAUUAUUAUAUUAUUUACUUAUUUGACAUUUAAUAUUAAAUAAUAAUUUGUUAUGUUAUGUUGUAUAUUAAUAUAUCUUGUAUAUGUGUACAUAGUAUUCCAGUAAAUAAUCGACUGAGAAUAAAAAAAGGUGAUUCUAAAACUUAGCAAUUAAUAUAGAUGUUAAGAUAAAGGUAACAUUACUAUCGGUUAAAGUACUUUGUGAUGUAAACUAAGUCUUAUGUUCGACAAUCCGUAACUGCCUUAGGUUUUGAUGUAUUAUUUAAUUGUAUCUUGUAAGAGAAACAUAAUAUAUAGAGCAAUAAUUUUCAGUGUAACGAGCACUGAUGAAUGUUUAAGUAAUAGUGCGCGUCUUCGUAUAAUUGAUAUUGAGGAUAAUAAUUUGCUUUGUAACGAUUUUAUCUAAAUUAAAAGCCGCCGACCGGUGACGCAAUGCUGGAAAGUGCAAAUUUUACAAAUCAAUGAACAUUGUCGGUUAGAAGAGGCAGCGCUUAUAUUUCAAUACAAAGCGAAAUAUCGGCGGCUUUGAAACGAACAAAUUUAAUAAACGAAUCCAUUAUUUAAUUGAAUUAACAUAUCUAUGUUAGCUAGCUUGAAAUUUUGCAUUUAUACUAUUUCCAAGUAUUUAAGCUCAUUUGUCGACAUUUUAUAAUUACAUUAAUGUCUUGUUAUAUUAUUUUUUUUUUUUUAAAUCCUUCUGUCGCUAUAACGUUGCAACUUUUUCACUUUUUAUAGAUUUAUUUCUAGAUCACUUCACAAAUCGCAGAAGCCUUUUUUGGCUCAUAUUUCAUUAAAUUAUUCAAACGCAUGCAAUGUCGUGUAUUUAAAUAAGUGUAGUUUUUAACUUUAUAAAUUGUAAAAAGACGCAAAGCUAUUUUUAUAAUAUUGAAAUUACUUUUUCUAUUGUUAAUCAGUCAAGAGUGAUGGGCGCCUUGUGACUAACGAGUAAUGUUAUAACCACCUGUAACACUAUGUUGACUAAAUAAAUAAUUAUUACUUUUAAA